GUGUCAUUAGCAGACAGCUCGUUGGCGGCGUUGCGCAGGCUCUUUCUCGCUAAAAGUCCUAUUGGAGUGUUACUAAUGAACAAAAGUUGAAUGGUUUUAGUCGAAUUGAUCAGUUGAUAAUUUAGUUAGGAUAGUUAAAUCGCAAUAAAUCAAAAUGGGAAUAAAAUUCCUCGAAGUUAUAAAGCCGUUUUGCAGUAUAUUGCCAGAGAUAGCAAAACCUGAGAGAAAGAUCCAAUUUCGGGAGAAAGUAUUAUGGACAGCUAUCACCCUAUUUAUUUUCUUAGUAUGUUGUCAGAUCCCCCUAUUUGGUAUAAUGUCAUCGGACAGUGCAGAUCCCUUCUACUGGAUCCGUGUGAUCCUGGCUUCAAAUAGAGGAACACUCAUGGAACUCGGUAUCUCCCCCAUCGUCACAUCAGGCCUCAUCAUGCAGCUCUUAGCCGGAGCAAAAAUAAUUGAAGUUGGUGACACUCCAAAGGACAGAGCUUUGUUCAAUGGAGCUCAGAAAUUAUUCGGCAUGGUGAUAACAGUGGGCCAGGCCAUCGUGUACGUCAUGACGGGCAUGUACGGGGAGCCCAGUGAGAUCGGAGCGGGCGUGUGUCUGCUCAUCAUCAUCCAGUUGUUCGUGGCCGGUCUCAUCGUGCUGCUGCUCGACGAGCUUCUGCAAAAAGGAUAUGGUCUUGGAUCCGGUAUUUCUCUGUUCAUCGCUACAAAUAUCUGUGAAACUAUCGUCUGGAAGGCAUUCUCUCCUGCUACCGUCAAUACUGGUCGCGGCACGGAGUUCGAGGGCGCAGUGAUAGCGCUGUUCCACCUGCUGGCGACGCGCGCGGACAAGACGCGCGCGCUGCGCGAGGCUUUCUACCGCCAGAACCUGCCCAACCUCAUGAACCUGCUCGCCACCGUGCUCGUCUUCGCCAUCGUCAUCUACUUCCAGGGCUUCCGCGUGGACCUGCCCAUCAAGUCGGCACGGUACCGCGGCCAGUACUCUUCAUACCCCAUCAAAUUAUUCUACACCUCCAACAUUCCCAUCAUUCUACAGUCUGCACUGGUUUCCAAUCUUUAUGUCAUUUCUCAGAUGUUAGCGGUGAAAUUCAGCGGCAACUUCCUAGUGAACCUGCUGGGCGUGUGGGCGGACGUGGGCGGCGGCGGGCCCGCGCGCGCGUAUCCGGUGGCCGGGCUCUGCUACUACUUCAGCCCCCCGGAGUCGCUCGCGCACAUCGCCCAGGAUCCGCUGCACGCCCUACUCUACAUCGUCUUCAUGCUGGGCUCCUGCGCCUUCUUCUCCAAGACCUGGAUCGACGUCUCUGGCUCCUCUGCUAAGGAUGUCGCGAAACAACUGAAAGAGCAACAAAUGGUCAUGAGAGGUCACAGGGAUAACUCCAUGAUACACGAACUGAACAGAUAUAUUCCCACCGCGGCUGCCUUCGGCGGCCUCUGCAUCGGAGCCUUGUCAGUGUUAGCAGAUUUCCUCGGAGCCAUCGGCUCGGGCACCGGAAUCCUCCUGGCCGUCACCAUCAUCUACCAGUACUUCGAGAUCUUCGUCAAAGAACAAGCCGAAAUGGGCGGCAUGAGCACGCUACUAUUCUAAAUAAGACAUAAAGUAAUUACGCGUUGCCUAAUUUUGCCACUCUCUCCAAUCUUGGGCAAUGCGUGAAAAGUAAUUUAGUCCCGGAUCGGGAAACGCUGCGACGUUUUCGUUUCAAUUUUUUUUUUAUAUUUCUUAGCGAAUAUUCUCGAACGCAGCGUUUCCCGCGCCGUAUAGUGUUGUGUGCGUGGGUACGCGUGUGUGGGUUAUAUGCUUAUUUAUAUGAGAUGAAACUUUAUAAUAAAAUAAUUUACGAGAAGUA